CUCACAAACCAAACCACACAAAUAAACGACCAACACACAUUAUAUCUCUUUGUUACCUUCGCACGAACGAGAGAAGAGAAGCAAACGAUGGCUACUUUUCUUUCCAACCAAUCUCUGUUGGGUUCUUGUCCUUGUUCUACUCCCUUCUCUUCAAAGCCCUUUCAAACCCUAAAACCCCAAAUCUUAUCUUUUCCAUCUCGCGGGUUUCCGCGCCCCCUAAUUUCCUCAGUCAAUCGAAGAACCCAAUUAAAGUCUUCCCAAGAUUUCCCUCCAACUACAAAUGAUGAAACAGAGGAGACCCAGAAUGAUGUAAGAGGGACAAAUGAUGAUGAAGAUAAAAAACAAGUACCUAGUUUAAUGAUCCUCCUUGAAGCAUACAAGGAAGCCUUUUUUAAUGGCGACCAAAAUACCGUAGCUCAGAUUGAAGAGGGGAUAUAUUCAAUAGCAAAUAGGAAAAAUAAAUUGAUUCAGAAAUUAUCAAGUUUAUCGGCAGACAAAGCUGCUUCCAAGAAGAGUUAUCUUCGUUUACAAGCUGAUUUUGAUAAUUUUAGGAAAAGGACUGACAAAGAGAGACUUAACAUCCAAUCCGAUGCCCAGCAACAAGUCAUUGAAAAGCUUUUGUUGAUGGUCGACAAUUUUGAGAGAACCCAACAGCAAAUUAAAGCAGCAACAGAGAAAGAGAAGAAAAUUGGUGUUAGCUAUCAAGGUAUUUACAAACAAUUUGUAGAGGUUCUGAGGAAUCAUAAUGUUUCAGUGGUAGCAACAGUGGGCAAGCCGUUUAAUCCCUUGCAACAUGAAGCCGUUGCACGUGAGGAGUCCACAGAGUUCAAAAAAGGGAUUAUAAUUAAAGAAUCCCGACGUGGUUUCUUGCUCAGAGAUCGAGUUCUAAGGCCAGCCCUUGUCAAGGUUUCCUUAGGUCCUGGAAAUAAGAAAUCUCCCGUGUCUCCUGACAAGUCUGUGGAGCAACCUUCAACAGCUGCUGGAAUAGAUGAAAGAUAGUCUCUUGAACUUGUUCAUUAAAAAUCCAGUUCCACCUGCAUACCUGAUAUCUUGUCAUUGGUCAACUUGAAAUUCUUCUAGUUUGGUAUUUUGGCCUGAGGUGAGUAUAGUCUCUUGUAGUAUGGACCUCACCAAUUUUAACUUGUGUCCCGCCGCACUACAAUUUUUUGCUUCAUCAUGACAAAGGGAAUUACUUUUGUUCAUGAGAGAAUGGUGAUUUCUUUUGCAAUCCAUUUUUUUUUUACCAAAGCUUAGAAUGUUCAUUCUCGGACUUUGUUGGCAUUAUUGUUCCUUGUCUCAAUGCUUAACAAAGGGAAAUACUAGAGAAAGCUCGACUGCAGAAAUGCCUAGUAGCCAAUAAAAAAUUAACUGCAGUUUGAAUUCUAUUAGUGAAGCUCACAUGGAGCCUGAUAACUGUUAUAUGCAUUGCGUUGGAACGCUCUACUGUUCUCUAGCAAAAUCUUAUCAUUAAACGGCAAAUUUCCCACUUUAGGGUGCUUUUA